UCAUGGAUUUCGAGCUGAUCUUUCGGCUCAUCUCCACACACUGUCUCUGCAUUUCGUCACAUGCACACAUUAACACACUCGUCAGUAAUUGUUUAUAUCUGGCUUUACUUUUGGCCCGAAUUUUUGGGAUAAAAAUAGAAUGGGUGGCCAUUGGUCUAGCAUGGAUCCAUCCAAGGUGGACGUACCUGAGAUUGAUAAACUUUUGGAGAGGGAUCCCUACCUCAAACCCCACGAAAAUGAAUUCCGAAAGAGAUACGCACUGUUCAAGGAUUAUAUGGAGCAAAUCGAAGCCGGUGAUGGCAGCCUCGAUAAAUUCUCGAGGGCGUACGAAUCAUUUGGAAUUAUUGUCGAUGAGAAUAACGGGGUGACAGCUAGGGAAUGGGCUCCAGGGGCUAAACAACUUUAUUUGACAGGGGAUUUCAAUGGUUGGGACAGAAGGAAGAAUCCCUACGCUAAACAAGAAUUUGGGAAAUGGGAGUUAAAACUCCCCCCGAAUAGCGAUGGUACCUGCCCCAUUCCUCACCUGUCUGAGGUAAAAAUUAUCGUGGAGGAUGGAGCUGGUCAAUUUCUGGAGAGAUUGAGUCCCUGGGCGACAUACGUAACGGCUCCUGAAAAUAAAAACGAGGGUACGAAUUAUAAACAACGUCUCUGGCACCCUGACCCUCAAAAUCUCUACAAAUGGAGGAAUCCAAGGCCAAAAAAACCAAAGAGUCUUCGUAUCUACGAGUGCCACGUGGGAAUAGCCACGAGUGAACUACGGGUUGGGACUUAUUUGGAGUUCGCCAGAGGAAUAAUCCCGAGGAUCGUGAAACAGGGGUACAACGCCAUCCAGCUGAUGGCCAUCAUGGAGCACGCCUACUACGCCAGUUUUGGCUACCAGGUGACGUCGUUUUAUGCAGCCUCCUCGAGGUAUGGAACCCCAGAGGAGCUCAAGGAGUUGAUCGAUGUUGCUCAUGAACACGGACUGUUCGUUCUUCUUGAUAUGGUUCACUCUCACGCCUGCAAAAAUACUGUGGAUGGCCUCAACAUGUUCGACAGCACCGAUGCCUGCUUUUUCCACUCUGGAUCAAGGGGAGAACAUCCCCUCUGGGACAGUAGACUAUUCAAUUACGGCAACUACGAUGUCCUCAAGUUUCUCCUCUCCAACCUGCGGUGGUACGUCGAGGAAUAUCAUUUUGAUGGAUUCAGAUUUGAUGGAGUAACUUCCAUGCUGUACCACUCGCGAGGCCUGGGACAGGGGUUCAGUGGAAAUUAUGAGGAAUAUUUUGGGCUCAAUGUUGAUGUCGAGGGAAUUGUUUAUUUGAUGAUGGCUAAUUAUAUGCUACAUCGUUUGUACCCUGAGAUGGUGACAAUUGCUGAGGAUGUUAGUGGCAUGCCAGCCAUGUGCAGACCAGUAGAUGAAGCUGGAAUAGGCUUCGACUAUCGUCUGGCCAUGGCCAUCCCUGACAAAUGGAUUAAACUCCUGAAAGAAUUUCGUGACGAUGAUUGGAACAUGGGAGAUGUGGUCUGGACCCUGACUAAUCGGAGAUGGAUGGAGAAGGCAGUGGCCUAUGCUGAGUCACACGAUCAGGCCCUGGUCGGUGAUAAAACCAUCGCUUUUUGGUUGAUGGAUAAAGAGAUGUACACCCAUAUGAGUGUCGUAAGCGAUCCCAGUCCCAUAAUAUCACGAGGCAUUGCUCUCCACAAUUUGAUUAGACUCGUUACACAUGGACUCGGUGGCGAAGCUUAUCUCAAUUUUAUCGGGAAUGAGUUCGGGCAUCCGGAAUGGCUGGACUUUCCCAGAGCGGGGAAUAAUAGUAGCUACCACUACGCACGACGCCAGUGGAACCUAGUGGACGAUGACCUCCUAAAAUACAAAUUCAUGAACAAUUUCGAUCGCGCGAUGAAUCUAUUAGAGGAGAAAUACGGCUGGUUGGCUGCUGAUCCAGGGUACGUCAGCUGGAAGCACGAGGGGGACAAGGUGAUAGUCUUCGACAGAGCUGGACUCGUGUUCGUCUUCAACUUCCACCCAACCCAGUCAUUCCCGGAUUAUGCAGUUGGUGUACCCAAUGCUGGAACCUACAAAGUCGUACUGAAUAGUGAUGAUAAAGAAUUUGGGGGCGAGUGCAGGAUUGAUCCGGGUUGCAGGCACUUUUCAAAACCCGAGCCCUUCGCAGAUCGGCCACAUCGUAUAAUGGUGUACGUGCCCUGUCGCACUGCCAUUGUCUACGCAAUUGAAUCCUGAGGAUAAUCUCUCACUAGCAAAACUCAGACUUCCGAUAGAAGAUAAAUACGAAUUUUCAGAGUUUAUUUUAUACAAAAAAUAAAUAUUGAUUUAGGUAAA